CCGCGGAGAGAGAAGGAGAGAGCGGCUCGGGUCGGCUCUGCCCGCUGGCCGUCCCGCCCCUGCCCCCCGCACCGGACCCGGACACAGGCGCGGGCCCGGGCUCGGCCACCGCCACAGCGGCGGCCCGGCAAGGCGAUGGCCAAGGUGUCAGUGCUGAACGUGGCGGUGCUGGAGAACCCGAGCCCGUUCCAUAGCCCCUUCCGGUUCGAGAUCAGCUUCGAGUGCAGUGAGGCCCUGGCGGACGACCUAGAGUGGAAGAUCAUUUACGUCGGCUCAGCUGAGAGUGAGGAGUUCGAUCAGAUCCUGGACUCGGUGCUGGUCGGCCCUGUCCCUGCAGGGAGACACAUGUUUGUGUUUCAGGCUGACGCCCCCAACCCAGCCCUCAUCCCGGAGACCGACGCCGUGGGUGUGACCGUGGUCCUCAUCACCUGCACCUACCACGGACAGGAGUUCAUCCGAGUGGGCUACUACGUCAACAACGAGUACCCCAACCCCGAGCUGCGGGAGAACCCACCCCCAAAGCCAGACUUCUCUCAGCUCCAGCGGAACAUCUUGGCCUCCAACCCCCGAGUAACUCGCUUUCACAUCAACUGGGACAGCAACACGGACAGGCUGGAGGCCCCAGAGAACCAGGACCCCGCCCUGGGCUGCGGCCUCCCCCUCAGCUACACUCCUAUCAAGGGCCUGGGCCUCCCUGGCUACAUCCCCGGCCUCCUCCCUGAGAACUCCAUGGACUGCAUGUGACUGCAGACGCCCAGGACCUCCCCGCACACCUGGAGGGGGUGACCAGGCCUCCCAGAGACGGUGCGGGGCCAUCUAGAGGACUCGGGGGCCAUCAACUGCACCCAGGCCUGUCAAACUUGGCCGGAAAGAACAGGCCUCAGGUCUGCCCCAGCUGCAGCCCAGAAGGCCAUCUCACUUCUACUGCACAGGCCUAUAAGAAGCAGGGACUUCAGUUCUUACUAAUUUCUUCUGACUUGUGUCCUUUUUCUCUUCCACACACACUAUGAAUUCCAUCUGCAGGCCACUGUGGUCCUGUGAGGACCACCGACCCAGAGUUCUUCCCAUAGGCCUCCCUGGCCUGCCUUGGUCUGCCCCAGCUACAGCCCAGAAGGCUUUCUUGGUCAGCGGCCGUCAAGGCUCUGGCCCUGUUGGGCAAGGGCCACGUCAUUACUUUCUCUUUGCAGACAUCUGAGCGGACCCACCCGAGCUUUCUGUUGUCACAGGCAAGGGGUUCUGGGUGGUAGGUGGACUUCGAUGCAAUUUGGGUCCUCCUCCCAGGAGGAUUUUUAGGUCUUUCUAUCUGGCAGCCCCUGGAAAACUCUGCUCCCAAAGGUGUGAUCAGCCUGAUGCUGAGGGACCAUUGGGUGCCCCUCCUGAGUCACGGCCACCUUCCUGUUCCCACCUCACUGCAGCUGGCUUUCCCAGAAGCUGCCGUGGUGGGGAGGCGGUGUGUCAGGGCCUGCCAUGCUCGGUCCAUGUCAGCGUCGGCAUCAGGGCCCUCUGCCAAGACCAUGUGGGCUCACAGGCCACCGAGUGGUUUCAGGCAAGGGGAGCAAUCGGUACUCUGAAAACCUUCCCUCCCCGAUGUCCUCCCCACUCUGUGUCCCGGUCCCCUCACUGCUACGUGGAUGCUGUUGUGAUUGCAGUUUGUAUAGGAAAGGAUUUUUAUAUUAAAAAUGUUUGGUUGGUCUAAAAAUAAAAAGCACUUCAUCUAUA